AUGGAGGAAAUUUUCGCACUGGAAAAACCCUCCAAGAUUCAGAACAAGGAACCGAGUGUACUAACAUUCUCGGAGGAAGAUGCGAAAGAGGUCUCGAUGCCACAUGAUGAUGCGUUGAUGAUAAUUCUGACGGUGGCUAACCACGCCAUUCACCGAGUCUUGGUAGAUAAUGGAAGCUCGGCUGAUAUCAUUUACUGGACGGUUGUUCAACAAUUGGGCAUUAGCCGAGAGAAAUUGAAACCAUUCUUGUCGCCAUUGAUAGGAUUUGCGGGCGAGCAUGUCCAACCCAUUGGGUUGAUUUCUCUUCCGGUUACAGCAGGAACCGCUCCUAGACAAUCUACUAUCAUGGUGGAUUUUUUGGUCAUUGACCGACCUUCAGCUUACAAUAUGAUUAUUGGUCGCCCGGCUUUGAAUCAACUGAGGGUAGUCACUUCGACCUAUCAUUUGAAAAUGAAGUUUCCGACCAUGGAAGGGGUUGGAGAGGUUAGGGGAGACCAAGUUAUCGCUAGAAGGUGUUACAACACAUCUUUGAAGAAGUGCCCUGAGUCAGCAUUAUUAACAAUUGGUAGUUUGGCUGAUGAGCGGAAGAUGCAGUUGAGGAAGGAGCCAGCCGAGCCAUUAAUCGAUAUACCUAUAGCUGAAAGAAAGGUUGUCAAGAUUGGUUCGCAGCUGGCUCCUGGAAUUAAAGAAGCCCUUGUUCAGUUUCUCCAACAGAACCUCGAAGUUUUUGCAUGGUCUCCUGAAGACAUGCCUGGGAUUGACCCCAAGGAUAUUGUUCAUCACUUGAACAUUAAUCCAAAAGUCAAACCAGUAAAGCAGAAGCGAAGGAAGUUUGCCCCCGACAGAAACAUGGCGAUAGCCAAGGAAGUGGGCAAACUACUGAAGGCGCAGUUCAUCGAAGAGGCUCAUUACCCUGAUUGGCUAUCCAACGUAGUAAUGGUCAAGAAGUCAUCUGGGAAGUGGAGGAUGUGUGUAGAUUUUACCGAUCUCAACAAAGCUUGCUCGAAGGACAGCUUUCCAUUACCCCAUAUUAGCUUCUUAGUUGAUGCAACAGUAGGGUAUGAAUUGCUGAGCUUCAUGGACGCCUUUUCGGGCUAUAAUCAGAUUUUCAUGCAUCCAUCUGAUUAA